CCGUGUAUAUAUAUUUGGUUGUCAGAUAUGUUGGACACAGUGAGCUGGCUUGUGCGUUGCACAACGUAGUACAUUCUUGGAAUAUACUUAUUCGUUUAUCAAAGUCCGUUACAUUUUUUUGUUAUUGUAAUUUAUAAACGUAAUUCGUUGGGAUGUAAAUUAUGUUGUGGUUUCGAACAUUCAUCUGCCUUGUCACACUCGUCUCGGCGGCGAGAUGCAGCGACAUAACGCCCGCUGUGUUCGGAAACGUGCUGGAUGGUAUGCCAGCGGCGUUCGGUGAUUUCAAUUCCGACGAACUGACAGACGUGUUCAUGCUGCGUAAAGAUGGUAAGACGGUGGAAAUAUUCCUGGCGGCUGAGCAGGAACCUCUGCUGCGCCCUGCGCCGGAUCUACAUUGCUCAUUCAGGGACAAUGUGACUAGCGUGGUACCGGGUGACUUUGACGGUGAUGUUUUUAUGGACAUCUUGGUGACAACGUUCAACCGCGAGAAGAAGCUCAUCAAUGCGCACAUAUUAUGGGGUGGAAACGGUCAUUUGAACUGCAGCAACGAGUGGAAGCCACCUAUAGAAAUGCACAAUGAGCCACUAGCAUUUGAUUAUAAUCAAGACAUGAUAAUUGAUCUUUUCGGAGUGGACAAGCAUGGUAAAAGGGUGUAUUGGGUAUUCAAUGAGAACAGGACCGAUCCAACUAAAAUCUACAUGCGUAAAGAGAGUAGUACGAAGUUAGAGCAUGAGCUAGAGCCUGUAAGAAAUCCACAUUCAAAUGCCUUUCUGGAUUUAAACAGCGAUUUUUUACCAGAUCUUGUAGUGACCACGACAAAGUACUUCGAGAUAUGGUUGGGUACGGAGCAAGGAUUCAAUUUUUCCCACUACAUUGAUCUCCCGUAUAAUAUAUCAGUCGAUGAACAUUUUAAAGGGGAAAUCGGACAGACUCUUUAUCUAGAUGUUGAGCUUACUGGAAAAAUGGCUCUUCUUUUGCCAUUAUGCUUAGAUGAAACCUGCACCAAUUGCGCGAUAAUGAUGUACUUAAAUGGCUGGCACAAUUUGCAAGUGAAUUUCCGCGACCCCAAUAACGUCCUGUGGGGUUUUGUGAAGCCCAAUGGUCAGCGUUACACGGAGACCAUUACUUUACGCGGUGGUGAUUUCAACAUGGAUGGUUAUCCGGAUCUACUAGCGACUCUGCAAUCCACAAAACACGCGCAAUCGUUUCUAUUGCAGAAUGUGGCGUGCAACAAUUGUGCCGGUUUCAAUCGUACCUUUGAAGUCAAAUGGCAAGCAUUGAACCCAUUCUACAAUAAAACCGCGAUGGCGGUGUUCUAUGACUUCUAUCAGGACGGUAUUCUCGAUGUGAUUCUGGUCGAGUUCAACAAGACAGACAACGUCUAUCGCACCGCGGCGUUCAAGAACAGUCUGGAUUAUGACGCUAAUUUCGUUAAGGUAAUGGUGCUCACUGGACGUACCAACAGUAUGUAUCCCAUUUCGCCAGGUUCGCUCGGCAAGAAAAAAAGAACCUAUGGUACCAAUCUGCCAGGACCAUCAAUCGCAUAUAGAACCACCACACAGGACGGCAGUCCUCGCAAUGCGAUUGCUGCACAGUUACCUCAAAGUGCACAUUUUUCGCUUAAUUUGCCGUACACCACCUUCGGUUUAGGAAGAACGCCCAAUUUUGUGGACGCUCUUACGAUAGGGGUUGGCGGCAAGUCACGCGAGUGGCCACAGAUCAUUCCUAAUUCUCAGAUGGUCGUGAUACCAAAUCCUAUCGCCGAACCAUCGAGAUGGAAGGCCCAACUGUUCGUCACGCCCAGCAAGUUGAUUUUGUUAAGUGUAGCCGCCUUAUCUGGCACUUGUGGUUUGAUUACGACUAUGAUUCUCGGUUUAUAUUGGAAAGAGAGAAGAGAAGACAAAAUUGAGAAACUCCAGGAAGCGCACAGAUUUCAUUUCGAUGCGAUGUAGAAAGUGGACAUAAUUAGGAUGGGGAAGGGGGGGAGAUAAGAUCAAUAAGUAAGGCUUAUUUAAGAUAUCGAUUUAUUGAUAUAAUUAUUUAAUAAUAAAUAAAUUGCGCUUAAUAUG